GUGCCUUACCCGUGGAUGUACAAACCACCCAGCUCUGGGUUUUUAAUUUACCAUAACGCCACUCGAAAAGGGAGGGCCCCCUCGGGAGCGGCGCGGGGCGGAGCGCUGGGGCGGGUUCGGCAGCUGGGGAGGGCGCGGGGCGGAGCGGGGCCAUCGCGGCGGCAGUGCGGGGCCAUCGCGGCGGCAGUGCGGGGCCAUCGCGGCGGCAGUGCGGGGCCAUCGCGGCGGCAGUGCGGGGCCAUCGCGGAGGCAGUGCGGACCAUGGCGGCAGCGAGUGCGGCACGGCUGGCGGGGCUGGCGGGGCUGGUGGCGCGGCCCCUCGGCGCGGCCGAGCCGCUGGCCCUGAACUCGUUCCAGGGGAAAGUGCUGCUGGUGGUCAACGUGGCUUCGCUCUGAGGAACCACCACCCGCGACUACCUGCAGCUCAGGGAGCUGCAGGAGCGGUAUGGGCCCCGCGGGCUGCAGGUCCUUGCCUUCCCCUGCAACCAGUUCGGGCACCAGGAAAAUACUACCAACGACGAGAUCCUGCUUUCGCUGGAGUAUGUUCGUCCCGGCAAGGGGUACAAGCCCAAUUUCAUCGUGUUUGAGAAGUGCGAGGUGAACGGGAAGAACGCGCACCCUCUCUUCACCUUCCUGAAAGAGGCUCUGCCCUACCCUCACGACGACCCCUCCUCGCUGAUGACCAACCCCCAGUACAUCAUCUGGUCCCCCGUGUGCCGCAACGACAUCUCCUGGAACUUUGAGAAGUUCCUCAUCGGCCCCGACGGCGUGCCCUUCAAACGCUACAGCCGCCACUUCGAAACCAUCAAGAUCCAGGAUGAUAUCGAGUUGCUUCUGAAGAAGGUUUCCAAAUAAAGUGGAGGAGUGGCGCAGAGUUUGCUUCCUGCUCGCCUGGCUGUGCUCCUGCCUGCUUAUCUUGUAGGCAGCUGCUGCCCUGGCAGAAACCCCAAUGUCUCGUGCACAUUUUGCUUAUGAUGGUGCACCUUCCAAAUUCUUGAGGUGUAUCUGAUGUUUUCAAAAGUUGCACGUGAAUGUUUGGGAAACUAUGCUGGGAAAAAGCAGCUGCGAGUCUCAGCAGCUUACUGUGAUUCUCUGAAUAAAAAGAAUAUUCUUUUUAA